AUGUCUGACGCAGACGCAGAAAGCCCGCCGAAACGGACCUUCGUCGUGCCGGAGAAGCAAAUCAAGUCUGCUAUGGAUAUGGCGACAUGGGAGAAGUCUGCAGCGUAUUACGACUUGAUGGGUUUUAUAAGUAGCAUGUCCGUAGCGUUGCAGGGAACACGAGCUAGCCAAAGUGUCGAAAUUAGCCCUGUAAUUGAGAAACUGCUGAAAGCGAUAGAUCGCUUGGAGCAGCUGGCUAUAGAGACUCCGCCGAUCGAUCAGCCGGCUCGGUUCGGAAACGCAGCAUUCAAGAGCUGGUUUCAAAAGAUGCGUACCGAAAGUUUGCAAUUGAUUAAGGACGCGUUGCCAGAUACGCUCCAGGACGCGGCAAAGGAGCUCCAGGUGUACUUCGAAGAAUCGUUCGGUAAUUCGACGCGUAUCGAUUACGGCACCGGUCACGAGCUGGCUUUCGUAAUGUUCCUUAUGUGUCUGUUCAAAACUGGAGCGAUCGAACGGAAAGAUGAAGUUGCUGUGGGCUUGAAGUUAUUCGACAAGUACAUCGUUCUGGUCCGGAAACUGCAGGUCACGUACCGGAUGGAACCGGCCGGUAGCCAUGGCGUUUGGAGUUUGGACGACUUUCAGUUCGUUCCCUUCAUAUGGGGUAGCGCACAACUGGCCGUCAACAGUCCGAUUGAACCGCCGCAGUUUGUGGAGGAUAAAUCGAUCGACAAGUACAGGAAGGAGUUUAUGUUUGUCGGUUGUAUCGAUUACAUACGGCAGGUGAAAACUGGCCAUUUUGCCGAGCACUCCAAUCAGCUGUGGAGCAUCAGUGCGGUUCCGCAGUGGUCGAAAAUUUGUACCGGUCUGCUAAAGAUGUACCAGAAGGAGGUACUGUCGAAAUUUCCCGUUAUCCAGCACGUAUUCUUUGGUUCUAUUCUUACGCUGGAUCCGGUUAAACCGGGCACCGUCCUUCCGAAUCCCAGGUUGGGCAUGAUUCCGAGGCACGGUACGUCGUCGGGACCUUCAAUACCACCCCCACCGAAAUUUAGCAGCGGAGAUGGAAUGUGAUAAAUGUGUGCGUUCAGCAUGCACACAAACAUGCACGGAAACAAAAAACAUCGGUUAACACAAUCGUACAGAACUUUAGUAGAAGAUAACUUAAGA